UAAAAUACAUACAUUUCCUAAUCAGUGAAAGAAUGCUAACACUAUUCGUGUUGUUAUUAUUUCAUUUUUAGAAGAAUGUACAUGAUAAAUAACAAGUAGUAUUGACUGUGGCUCUGUGCUGGAGAUUGAGUUGCUGAACACUUAUGAGAUCAUUAAUAAUGGAAAAUGUUGAAUAAUUGUGUUUGUGUACAGAACAUUAUUGUUUAUUAGGCUGUUUGUUUGUUUGUUGUUUGAUUGUUUUUGUUUGUUUUACCAGGGAAGUUAUGUACCACACUUUAAUUAUGAUUACUGCAGACUCUAAAUGUUGUGCAGUGUUUUGUAAGCUUUAACUGUAGAUUAAUAUCUAGAAUGUGUGUUUAUAUAUAAUCAGCAGAACUGAUUCUGGGAGCUUCAUUUAGAGAUCAGAAUAUUUACCAGACUUCAAGUCGUGCAGCUGCUGAACCUGUUUAAGUCUGUAAUUCCAUGUGCCUGUGAAUGUGGUUCAACCUGUUUUACUUCUACAGAAGUGAAAGACUUCCUGAAGCCUCAGCACCUUUUUAAAAGUGCGUCUGAGCAAACUCAAAGAUCAAGAAACAGCGAGAUUAAUGCCAACGCCACAACGCUUCACUGUCGAGUAAAGUGAAAAUGGAUCACGCUAAUCCUGAGCAACCUGCUGGAUCUCUGCAGUUCAAAAAGAGUGACACCAAGGAAAAGAUAUCAGACUCUUCAGGACCCAGCAGUUCCUCCAUGAACAGUGAUGUGUUUAAAGAACCUCCAGCAGAUCCCUCAGCUACACACAGAGAGAGCAGUACAACAGAGGUAAAGAGAUCAGACUCACCAGUACCCAGCUGUGUGUCCAUGAAGAGUGAUCAUUCUAUGGGUUUACCACUAACAUUUAAAGAGAAGAGAGAAUUCACACCAGAAUGUGUCCUGCAGCGAGCAAGAGAGAAAACACAACAGAUCAUAAUCACAGAUACAGGGUGUAAGUCUGUAAGCACUGAACCUCAUCUUCAGGAGAGAUGCAAAUUAAAUCUGAUAAAGAAGUUUCAGCAUGUAAAUGAGGUGAUAACAAACCAGGGAAACCCAACACUUCUGCAUGAGAUCUACACAGAGCUCUACAUCACAGAAGGAGACAGUGGAAAAGUCAAUAAUGAACAUGAGGUGAGACAGAUCGAGGCAGCAUCCAGGAGAGCAGCAACAGAGGAAACACCAAUCAAAUGCAAUGACAUCUUUAAGCCCUUAUCUGAAGAAGACAAACCCAUCAGGAGCGUUCUGACAAAGGGAGUCGCUGGCAUUGGAAAAACAGUCUCUGUGCAGAAAUUCAUUCUAGACUGGGCUGAAGGGAAAACAAAUCAGGAUGUCCAUCUCAUAUUUCCACUUCCUUUCAGAGAGCUCAAUUUAAUGAAGGAUCGAAACCUGAGUCUGAUGGAGCUUCUUCAUUUCUUUUAUAAGGAGAUAAAAGAAACAAACAUUUCCAGCUUGGACAAAGUUCUGUUCAUUUUUGAUGGUUUGGAUGAGUGUCGUUUCCCUCUGGAUUUCCAGAACACAGUGAGGUUGUGUGAUGUAACUGAAUCAGCAUCAGUGCAUGUGCUGCUGAUAAACCUGAUCAAAGGGAAUCUGCUUCCCUCUGCUCUCAUCUGGAUCACCUCCCGACCAGCAGCAGCUGAUCAAAUCCCCCCUGAGUGUGUCCAUCGAGUCACAGAGGUACGAGGGUUCAAUGACCCACAGAAGGAGGAAUAUUUCAGGAAGAGGAUCAGUGAUCAGAGCCUGAGCAACAGAAUCAUCAGACACCUGAAGUCAUUAAGAAGCCUCUACAUCAUGUGCCACAUCCCAGUCUUCUGCUGGAUUUCAGCCACUGUUCUAGAGAGAAUGUUGGGUGAAGCAGAGAGUGGAGAGAUCCCCAAGACUCUGACUCAAAUGUACACACACUUCCUCAUCAUUCAGACAAACGUCAUAAAGAAAAAGUACAGAAAGAGCAGAGAGACAGAUACAGAGAUGGUUCUGAAACUGGGUAAACUGGCUUUUCAGCAGCUGAUGAAAGGCAACAUGAUCUUCUAUGAGGAAGACCUGAUGGAGUGUGGCAUUGAUGUGACAGAAGCAUCAGUGUAUUCAGGUGUGUGUACACAGAUCUUCAGAGAGGAGUUUGGGCUUCACCAGAGUAAAGUGUACUGCUUUGUUCAUCUGAGCAUUCAGGAACACCUCGCAGCUCUAUAUGUGCACCUGACAUUCAUGAAUAAAAAGAGAAAUGUUUUUAAAAAGCCAGCCUUGCUGAUAUUUAGGCUAAAAGUUACAAUCUCAGAUGUCCACAAGUGUGCUGUAGAUCAGGCUUUACAGAGUGAAAAUGGACAUCUGGAUCUUUUCCUUCGCUUUCUUCUGGGUCUCUCACUGGAGUCCAAUCAGAUCCUCUUACAAACCAUAGUGACACAGACAGGAAGUAGCUCCCACAGUAACCAGGAAACAGUUCAUUACAUCAAGAAGAAGAUCAGAGAGAAUCCCUCAGCAGAGAAAUCCAUCAAUCUGUUCCACUGUCUGUAUGAACUGGAUGAUCAUUCUCUAGUUGAGGAAGUCCAACACUACCUGCAAUCUGGAAAUUUACAACAAAGCGAACUUUCUUCUUCUCAGUGGUCAGCUGUGGUGUUUGUGUUACUGACAUCAAUGCAGGAACAUGAUGUGUUUGUCCUUAAUAAAUAUACCAACAAACACUGUACAUCAGACGAGGUUCUUCUGAAGCUCCUGCCUGUGGUUGCAGCAUCCAGAAAAGCUCAGUUUAAUGAUUGUGACCUAAAUGAGGAAAGUUGUGCAGCUUUAGCCUCAGUGCUCAGCUCUGAAUCCUCCAAUCUGAGAGAACUGGAUCUGUCUAAGAUUAAACUCAGAGACUCAGGAGUGGAGUGUCUCUCUGCUGGACUGGAGAAUCCUCACUGUAAACUGCAGACACUGAGGUUGUGUAAUUGUGGUGUCUCAGAUGAAGGCUGUUCUGCUCUGACUUCAGCUCUGAGAUCAAACCCCUCACACCUGAGAGAACUGGAUCUGUCUUGGAAUAAAGUCAGAGACUCAGGAGUGAAGCAUCUCUCUGCUGUACUGGAGAAUCCUCUCUGUAAACUGGAGACACUGAGGUUGCGUUAUUGUGAUGUCUCAGAUGAAGGCUGUGCUGCUCUGACUUCAGGUCUGAGAUCAAACCCCUCACACCUGAGAGAACUGGAUCUGUCUGGGAAUAAACUCAGAGACUCAGGAGUGAAGCGUCUCUCUGCUGUACUGAUGAAUCCUCACUGUAAACUGGAGACACUGAGGUUGCGUUAUUGUGAUAUCUCAGAUGAAGGCUGUGCUGCUCUGACUUCAGCUCUGAGAUCAAACCCCUCACACCUGAGAGAACUGGAUCUGACUGGGAAUAAACUCAGAGACUCAGGAGUGAAGCAUCUCUCUGCUGUACUGGAGAAUCCUCACUGUAAACUGGAGACACUGAGGUUGCGUUAUUGUGAUAUCUCAGAUGAAGGCUGUGCUGCUCUGACUUCAGCUCUGAGAUCAAACCCCUCACACCUGAGAGAACUGGAUCUGUCUGUGAAUAAACUCAGAGACUCAGGAGUGAAGUGUCUCUCUGCUGUACUGGAGAAUCCUCACUGUAAACUGGAGACACUGAGGUUGUGUAGUUGUGAUAUCUCAGAUGAAGGCUGUGCUGCUCUGACUUCAGCUCUGACAUCAAACCCCUCACACCUGAGAGAACUGGAUCUGUCUGGGAAUAAACUCAGAGACUCAGGAGUGAAGAGUCUCUCUGCUGUACUGGAGAAUCCUCACUGUAAACUGGAGACACUGAGGUUGUGUAGUUGUGAUAUCUCAGAUGAAGGCUGUGCUGCUCUGACUUCAGCUCUGAGAUCAAACCCCUCACUCCUGAGAAAACUGGAUCUGUCUGUGAAUAAACUCAGAGACUCAGGAGUGAAGCGUCUCUCUGCUGUACUGGAGAAUCCUCACUGUAAACUGGAGACACUGAGGUUGUGUAGUUGUGGUGUCUCAGAUGAAGGCUGUGCUGCUCUGACUUCAGCUCUGAGAUCAAACCCCUCACACCUGAGAGAACUGGAUCUGACUGGGAAUAAAUUCAGAGACUCAGGAGUGAAGCAUCUCUCUGCUGGACUGGAGAAUCCUCACUGUAAACUGAAGACACUGGGGUUGUGUAGUUGUGAUAUCUCAGAUGAAGGCUGUGCUGCUCUGACUUCAGCUCUGAGAUCAAACCCCUCACACCUGAGAGAACUGGAUCUGACUGGGAAUAAAGUCAGAGACUCAGGAGUGAAGCGUCUCUCUGCUGGACUGGAGAAUCCUCACUGUAAACUGGAGACACUGAGGUUGUGUAGUUGUGAUAUCUCAGAUGAAGGCUGUGCUGCUCUGACUUCAGCUCUGAGAUCAAACCCCUCACACCUGAGAGAACUGGAUCUGUCUGGGAAUAAACUCAGAGACUCAGGAGUGAAGCGUCUCUCUGCUGUACUGGAGAAUCCUCACUGUAAACUGGAGACACUGAGGUUGUGUUAUUGUGAUGUCUCACAUGAAGGCUGUGUUGCUCUGACUUCAGCUCUGAGAUCAAACCCCUCACACCUGAGAGAACUGGAUCUGUCUGGGAAUAAAUUCAGAGACUCAGGAGUGAAGCGUCUCUCUGCUGUACUGGAGAAUCCUCACUGUAAACUGAAGACACUGGGGUUGUGUUACUGUGAUAUCUCAGAUGAAGGCUGUGCUGCUCUGACUUCAGCUCUGAGAUCAAACCCCUCACACCUGAGAGAACUGGAUCUGUCUGGGAAUAAUCUCAGAGACUCAGAAAAGAUGCAGCUCUUCAGACUUAAACUACAGGACUUCAGGUUAUGAAGAAUUUUCAUUUGAUGCAGAUUCCAGAGAAGAUAUUUUUAAUGAAAUGUGCUCGACUCACAGCGGCAUUUCCUGAACUUUUUCUCACACUGAGAAAUAAUCUGAAUUAAAUGUAACAUUUCCACAAAGUGUAAGCGCAGACAGUGUGUCUAAGAUCUAAAGAACCUGUGCUUGCUUGGUGUGAUUCUUCAUCAUCAUAGGACUUUACAGAGUGGUGUUGCAGCACUACUAUCAGGAAUAAACACUUACUGAAGAUCAAUUCUUUAUUUUUAUUAUUACACAAUUCCACUGUUAUACCCUACAGAAUCCAGACAUCAUGGCAGAACUCAGGUUCUGGUUAAGGUUCUAGUUGCUCUGGUCUACAUUCCAGCCCAUGUCUUCCACCACCCCACCACUCUAUCACAUCAUCUGGUUGGAAGACUCUAAAAUCACCAUGGCUGAAGCCGUGACUAUUUCCUCAACAUGCUAUUGCUGCUCUGUGUUCUGUUCCUGUAAAUACUGCUUUGUUUUGGUUUUGUAACAUUCUGAAGAUAUCUAAUUGCUGUGACUGUUCAUUUGUUAUAAACAUUCAUCAGCUUUGGUGGAAAGCACAAGUCUGGAGAGUUAACUGGAGUUUUCAGAUCUUUUAAGUGGUCUUGUGCUGUUAAUGCUGUUGUGCUGUUAAUAGAAAAUUGCAUAAUUGUAUAUAACCUUAUCACCAGAAGCCAAAAAUGAACAUUUUUCUUCCUGUUUUGGAGGUGUACAAGUUAAAUGAAAUGUAUUUGUGGUAACAGACUGCCCCCUAGUGGUGAAUGGCUCAUAUGAAAUUGGACACUUAACCCUAAUGUUCUGUUCUGGUUAAAAUAACACAUUUAUAUUUUACCAAUGC